GGGUGACAAAAACUUUCUAUGCGCUGCGUCUCCCCGCCCCGUCCCUUCGACGCGCCGCGCGCUCCCGGCGGUUGCCCGCCAUGGACUCGACUCGCGAGACCGCCCGACACCCUAAGAAACCUCCUUCUCCCGCCGCUCUUUGAAUCGAGAGAGGACUACACAAAACCGCAAAUGACAAAAAACUUAUCCGUUGACGAAGUGUCUACAAUUUUGAAAAAACCGUCAUUAUCUGUUAUGCCAAAAUAUGGUAAACGACAAACUGAUCCUCUAUAGCUAUUGGAGAAGCUCCGCCGCGUGGAGGUUGCGCAUCGCGCUCUAUUGGAAGUCGCUAGAUUUCGAGUACAGACCCGUGAAGCUGGCGGAAAACGGCCAGCAGAGAGGCGCGGAGUUCGCCAAGGUGAACCCCAUGAUGCAGGUCCCCACGCUGGUCGUGAACGACCGCAUUCUUGCCGAGUCUCUCCCGAUCAUCGAGUACCUGGAGGAGGCUUACCCGCACAACCCGCUCCUUCCCAAGUGUUUGUUCCUGCGCGCUAAGGUUCGCGAAAUCGCCAACAUCGUGGCCGCCGACAUCCAUCCAAUACAAAACCUAGAUGUGGUGGUGAAGCUGAAGAACGACUACGGAACAGACCGCAACACGUGGGCCAAGUAUUGGAUCGAGCGCAGGUUCGGCGCCCUCGAGAAAAUUCUGUCCAACGGCGUGUCUGGAAGGUAUGCCGUGGGCGACCAAAUCACGUUAGCCGAUGUCUUCCUGGUGCCUCAGGCGUUCGCGGGCGUUCAGUACGGCGUGGACCUGAGCAAAUUCCCGACCAUAGAACGUGUGGCGAGAGAGGCGUCUAAGGAGGAGGCGUUCGUCAAAGCGCAUCCGACCAACCAGCCCGAUGCGGACCCUGAAGAGGUAAGCAAGUGGAAAAAUUAAAAUUCCGCAAAAAAGCCUUCAACUCUGAUGAGAAAAACGCGCCCAGAGAUUUAUCGUCCGCUUUUUUUUCCUACACUUUUUGGAUGCUACGAAAAUAUGUAAACCACAAAAAUCAGCGCGCUCGUGCGAGGGCGCAUCAACGUGCACGCUCCCUAUCUCAGGCCGGUAGGGGUCGUCGUAUGGAUGGUAACUUCCUCGGUGGCAAGGCUUUCGUCGGGUGUCUGGCGCGUUAUGAGAAAGUGGUUCGAAAGUCUCCUCUCCUUCUUGGGCGGGACUUCGUCUUUGAGAUAGGCUCGGGGAAGGAUGGCGGCCGAGCUCAUGUCGGGCGGGUUGAAGGUCUUGUCAAAAUUGUUGUAUUGCAAAGAUAUGUAGGAUCUUGACCGACUGAGCGCCAGAGGCGAAUUGGGGCAGCCGUGUUCUGUUUUCCCCUGCUUGUAGGUUCUGUCGCAAAGUUGGGCAGAAGAAUUGCUACGACGACCGCGUUCUGGGAGGACUUCGGAAGACGAAGAUGACGUUUCGCUAUUUUUGAAAUUCAUGAGGACAGGGGGAAUGGCACAUAGUAGACCUUCUAGAGGGAGAAGGCGGUAUGAACGUUGCGUAGCGGGAGAACAAUAUAUCGCCCCACUCUUUUAAAACCACAAAAGCGAUAAAGCAGGAGUAUGAAUAGACAAGAGAAUUAAUACGCAAUACGGACUAUAAAUGGAAAACUGAGAUAAUAUGGCUCUCGAGAAGACCUUGCAAGGUGUUCAUGUCUCCGCCUUCCAGAAGUUCUCUAAUCUCGCGGGUUUGUGGUCCGCUUUGUGUCACCAGAAGGAAAAAACUUUUUCGAAUUCACAAAAAUUGGAUCCGCGUUGGCUAUCAAAAGAGAGGGCGAAGGGGACGAGGCGAGUUGAGCGCGCGCGAGCCCCGCACGCGUCUACGCCACGCCUGCGCCAGAGGCGCACGCACCGCACUCUGCGCCCGCACGCGUCAGAGCUCUCCCAAGCUUCGGCCAGUUUUUCGAGAAACGCGAAAAAUUGUGUUUCGACUAAGUACGAUGCAGAAAAUUAGGGAACUUCGCGGAAAGACAGAACACACCGUCCUGCCCCCUUCGGCCCCCUCCGGUCUCUAGACGAAUGUGACCGAAGACUACGAACUCGUACACCUGCGACUUUGUAUGCGCGCGUCAUAGAACGCACAUGCGAUGUAUGCAAAACUGUGCAAUGCGUUUUUAUAGUUGGACAGCAGGCGGUGCGAGCCCCGUUCGCUCUCGCUCCUUCUUGUCCGUACGAUACAGAGAGUGUGGCCACCGAACCCUCGUACACCAGACGCCAUCCCAUGGGCAUCGGCACGGCGCGCGCGGCGUCAAAGCACGCGUGAUAUACGGAGCACCAAAAUAGCCGAAACGCCGAAACGUCCACGUAAAUUCAAUUGACUUGAGAGACAACAAUCAACUUUUCUCGAAUUUCCAGGCACAGUUCUAGUAUGCCGUGGAUGUUGACCAGGCACCUUUCCAAUUUUUUGCUUGGUUGUGCGCAUUGCGCGCUGUCCGCCACCACCUCUGGAAAAUUUGCGUCCAAAGCUCUCGAACCCGAAACCCCCUCCUCGUACCUUUGUGUGGAUACACGCGUGACACAAAAGGGUUAAGGAACUACCAACGCGCAGCACGCGCUCUUCGAGACCUCUUUACGUACGCCUGCCUUCUGUGUGAAGGGUCGAACGCCCUGGAGUGCUUUUGUGGUCGAAGUAGAUAAACUGACACGACGUAGCUGGUGUUCAAGACGCUGAAGCAAACGUGCAAAUUUUCUGGAAUGGAAGAAAAAAAGGUCUUUGUGUGGAAUUGCGUUAGCACGUCUGUUAUGUUAGACAACCGUUUUCUUUUUUUUUUUUUUUGAGCGAACCUCAUUCGUGCUGCCUAUCGAAGAGUACUCCGUCUCCAUUUCGGACAGAGCCUGUUUCAAGCAAUGGACCACUUCAUCUAUACACUGAAACACAUCAAACGUAAGUCAACGCAGCAGAGGUAGAUCAGAAAUGAGCGCGCGGGAAGCAGUGUGAAAACGACGCGUCUUACCUUCAUAAUCCGAGUUGCGGAGACUGGAUCGGGCAUGUCUAUGUGACUCAGCGCCAUGUGCAGGAAUUCAUGUACAUUUUGAAUUUGGUGUAGUUUCCACGGCUGAGUAUUGGAUGAACUUAUCGCGUAAGAGAUACCUUUAUUAAAUUUUGGAAACCUGACCAUCAAUUGCUGCAAUGGCGAUGCGAUAGUCAGCUUUUUGAAAAGGCGUUUAACAAACCCAUCGUUCAGCACCGUACUGAUUCGGUUAUAUUCCAUCCAUCAAUUUUCAAAUAUCCCUUCAAGUUGCUGGAAUUAAGAAAAAAAUUGGUAAAAAACGAACAAAUAGCAAGCAGCGAAAAACUUAUAACUUACUCUGAAACUUUAAGCCUAACUAAUUCCUUGUUGCCUUCUCCACCUCCUUUAUUCUGAGACGCUUUAAAGAAAAUGUUCAAUCUUCUGUCAGGAUAUGCUGUACUAAAAAAGCAGCAUUUUACUUACAUUGAUCAUGUUCUGCCGCCGAGCAGAUUACAGGAUUUAUGAAUCUUAUACAAGACUUUGUGAACGCAAAAAAUCAGCAUUCGAUCUAGAACUGUAUUUUCAGUCCUUUCAUACCUCAAUUUUUUGCCUCAACUCGUCUAGGUAAGUAGGCAUUUUAUUUUUCAAAAGCCAUUCCUGCUCCCUUUUCUACUUGGCAAAACUGUUUAGAUGAGUGUUUUUUGAAAAGCUGUAAGAAAAUGACAAUUUCGCUCCAUGGCGUCUGCUCGAUGCUCAGCAAUUUUACAGACCUGCGUGUCUCGCUCUAGGGCCACAGAUACAUGCCUGUACGGCUCCAUUGUGAAUCAGCUAUUAAAAAAAUACCUGAAA